GCUGCAAUCGAGCGAAGCCGACAGCACGCCAAGAAAAGUCUCUUGCUUUUGCUUCUCGCAGCUCCGCCCCAUCGCGACGCCGACGCGGUCUUCUCAAGACUCUAGCUAGGCUCCACUACCCAGCAGCCAACAAACUCCUCCACCGGCCGGCGCGAGAUCCGGCUAUCCCACCGCGCCCGCCGGUUAGGAUCUCGGAGGCGCCGCCAUGCCCGCCUCCUCCUCCUCCUCCUCCUCCUCCUCGUCCCACCACCACCGUGCCCGCCUCCGCUCCCGCACCGCGCCCCUCCUGCUCGUCAUCUUGGUCGCCGUCUUCGCCGUCACCGAGCUCCUCCGCACAAGCAGCCGCGGCGGCCUCCCGGCGUCCACGCGCCGGCUCGGCUCCUCCCACGCCAAGGCCAACCACAGCGUGGCGCAGCGCAAGAUCCUGCUCGACCCGGACUUCACGCCGCGGCUGCCGCGCCAGAGCCCGCUCUCCCUCUCGCUCUCCGCGCGCAACGCGCUGCCGCCCCGCAACACCGGCCGCUUCCCGGCCCUCCCCGAUGGCCACCUCAAGAUCGUGCUCUACGUGCACAACCGACCCCGCUACCUUCGCCUCGUCGUCGACAGCCUCUCCCGCGUCGAGGGCAUCGGGGAGGCGCUGCUCAUCGUCAGCCACGACGGCUACUUCCCGGAGAUGGACAAGAUCGUGCAGGGCAUCGAUUUCUGCCAGGUGAAGCAGAUCUUCGCGCCCUACUCGCCGCACCUCUUCCCAGAUGCCUUCCCCGGCGUCACCCCUGGGGACUGCCAGAGCAAGGACAAGGCCAAGGAGAAGGGGUGCCAGGGCGACCCGGACCAGUACGGCAACCACAGGUCUCCGAGGAUCGUGUCUCUCAAGCACCACUGGUGGUGGAUGAUGAACACCGUGUGGGAUGGGCUGGAGGAGACCAUGGACUUCGAUGGCCACAUUCUCUUCAUAGAGGAGGACCACUACAUCUUCCCUAAUGCGUACCGGAACGCACAGCUGCUUGUGGAUUUGAAACCGAAAAAGUGUCCCGGGUGCUAUGCUGUCAAUUUGGCGCCGUCAGAUGUCAAGGCGAAAGGCGAAGGUUGGGAGAGCUUGGUUGCCGAGAAGAUGGGUAACAUUGGCUACGCCUUCAAUAGAACAGUGUGGAGGAAGAUUCAUGCCAAGGCUAAGCAGUUCUGCACAUUUGAUGAGUACAAUUGGGAUAUAACCAUGUGGGCAACUGUGUACCCAUCGUUUGGAGCUCCUGUUUACAGUCUCAGGGGGCCUAGGAGAAGUGCUGCACAUUUUGGCAAAUGCGGCCUGCACCAAGGCCAAGGUUCGAGCAAUGUCUGUGUGGAUAAUGGUUCAGGAGCUGUGGAAUUAGAGGAGAUCGACAAAGUCCCUAACAUCAAAGCUGAUUGGCCAGUGCGCAUCAUCCAGAGGCAAGAGGGGUAUCAGGCUGGUUUCAAAGGAUGGGGUGGUUGGGGUGAUCGGCGUGACCGCGAGCUGUGCUUGAGUUUUGCAUACAUGUACCAUGUUAAAGACCCACCAUCAGCAUAAUUGUGUGUGGGGGGGUGGGGGGUGGGGUAUAGGCACACGUUUUGGGGCAUAACUGAUGCCACUGUUGUAGUGUUGUUGGCAUGCGCCCUUGGAUUCAUACAUGGUUUGUGCUAUAAAAUAGCUUGGUCCUUUAUCACAGUUUUGUAGAGUAGUUAGUUUUUUCGGUUGAUAGACAUUUCAGCUAGACUUGGGUCAACAUUUCUUAACUGUAUGAUUUACUCAAUGAUAUGGAUAUGGCUUAUUUUUUAAGCUUGUUUGCGGCA